AUGGAGGUCGUCGAGAGGCACGCCAUGUUCGGCGGUGAGAUGCUUACGUUCACGCACCUGUCGGCGUCCUGCGGCUUCGCGAUGCGCUGCCGCGCCUUCACGCCGCCGGGCUUCUCGAGCGAGGCGCCGGCGACCUGGCCGUGCCUCGUCGCCCUCGGCGGCCUCACGGCCUCGGAGGUCAACUUCGCGACGAAGGUCGCGACGGUGCAGCGCGCCGCCGCGGAGCGCGGCCUCGUCGUCAUCUUCCCGGACACGUCGCCGCGCGGCCAGCAGGACGACCCGCACCCGCUGCUCGGCGAGGGCGCUUCGUACUACGUGGACGCGACGGAAGCGGGGUGGGGCAACUGGAAGAUGUUCUCCUACGUCACGAAGGACCUGCCCGAUCUCGUCGUUUCGUCGUUCCGCGGCGACCGGGCGAGAAUCGGCAUCAUGGGCCACUCCAUGGGCGGCCAAGGCGCCAUCGUCGCGUUUUUACGGAGCGACGCGUUCGUUUCUUGCUCCGCGUUCGCGCCCGUGUCGAACCCGAGCGCCAUCGGGCCGGGCACGGCGCCGGCCUGGCGGGCCUUCUCGGAGUACCUCGGCGGCGGCGACGCCGAAGCCCCGGACGACGCGCCAUGGCGAGACGCCUGGCGGAGCUACGACGCGUGCGAGCUUUUGAAACGCUACGACGGCCCGCCGAAGAAGCUCCUCGUCGACCAAGGAGCCGCGGACCCGAAGCUCAAGGUGCUCGGGUCGGAGCGGCUCAAAGACGCGGCGAACGACAAGGUCCAGCUGACCUACCGGCUCCAGGAGGGCUACGACCACGAGCUCGGCUGCUUCGUGGCUUCCUUCGCCGAGGAGCACGUCCACUACCACGCGGACGCGGUCGCCCCGCGGUCCGCCCUCGCGGCCCUCCGCGCGUUUCUCUACGUGUGA